CUGGAGGGCUGUAGGUAUACUGCUGGGCAGCAGCAGACGCAUGCAUCUGGAGGAGUCAGCAACCCCAACAUUUCAAGAGAGAAGCUUUGACAUUGCACCAGCGACCUUGUUGGUGUAAACCACACUGACAGUUCUGCACUGAUGGGGAGGAGGAAAUAUCCUUUAUCACAUGUGCACUAGGGUUUUGCUACCUCGAUGUCCAUUGUUGAGCCAGAAAGAGAGUGAAAAGGGCUAAGUCAGCCCCUGCUGAUAGAGGCACACAAGCAAUACAACUGUACCUGUACACUGUACCGUGACCUCUUGAUGUACAACGGAGCCAUGACUGAACACAAGGACGUUAGCAACAAUCCUGUUGCUGCUACUUCAAUCUCACCCACACCUCCUCAGCGUCAUGAGGAUGAUGAUGAUGAUGAAGAACAAGACCUGAACAAGACCUUGGGGGUGCAGCGCUUUCAGCAGAUCCUCAGCCAACCUAUCCGUGGUCCUCCUGAAAAGCACCAUACCUUCAAUGAGGAGGACAUUGAAUACCACCGUCAUUCUUCCCUCCAUAUCCACCACCCACUGUCCAAACUACCCCUGGAGGGGAAGAAGAAGAAGAGUGGCAAGAAGAAGAGGGAGGCAGGACGAAGGCGGGCAUCUGGUUCUGGUGAGGCCAGCGGAGCCCCCACCAUAGAAGAAGAAGAGGAAGAGGAUGGGAAGGAAGACACAACCACGGCAACCCCUGACACUGACAGUGAUAUGCACAAUGAGGAUGACCAGUUCUUCCUGUCAGAUGGCCCUGCUGCAUCAAGCCCUUGUAAGAAUGGCCAUAUCCCUGUUCCUGGGCAAAUUACCAUUCUACCCCAGACAGCCCUGGCCACAUGCACCAACCUACCAGAUGCCACUCCUACUGAUGAUCCAGAUUCUAUCUGUACUCCUCACAAAGGAAGGAACAGUCUGUCCCCUGUCCCCUCUGCUCUGUCCCUGGAAUCUGCCAGCCCGCCUAGCAGGGGCUCCACCCCCUCUUCAUCCUCUAAAGCGCCCCCAAGUGGCCGUGGCAGCUACGGUCUCCAUGAGAGGCGGCGCAUGGGCAACAUGACAGGCAGUCUGCACCGCGUUGCCACCGACGACAGCGAAGCUCAGACGUUGGCCUCUGCAGACCUAGACGGCAUCAAGAGUCACCGGUUUGAGGAUGUGCCCGGAGUGCGACGUCACCUGGUCAAAAAGAGCCCCAAGGGACCGGUGGUGCACAUCACCAAGAACCACACAGAACCCAGCGCCCGCAACCGCAAGUUGGAUCGCACCCCACAUGAGGUCUUUGUUGAGCUAAACGAGUUGGUGAUUAAUAAGAACCAGGAGAUGCAGUGGAGGGAGACGGCACGCUGGAUCAAGUUUGAAGAGGACGUGGAGGAGGAGACCGAGCGCUGGGGCAAACCGCAUGUGUCUUCGCUCUCUUUCCGUAGUCUGCUGGCGCUCCGCAAGACCAUCUCCCGUGGGGCCGUACUUCUUGACUUGGAUCAGAAGACCUUGCCGGGUAUUGCUCAUCAGGUGGUGGAGCAGAUGAUCAUCUCAGACCAGAUUAAAGCUGAGGAUCGAGCCAAUGUCCUCAGAGCACUACUUUUAAAACAUAGUCAUCCAAGUGAUGAGAAGGAGUACAGUUCCUUCUCCAGAAACAUCUCAGCAGCCAGUCUGGGUUCUCUGGUGGUGACUCAUCAAAGCACCAACCAUGCAGGCCAGCCCGAGCCCUCUGUCACUGAACCCCUCAUGGGUGAAAGAGGGGCCGCAGGGGCCCCCAUGGACACGCACAUCGACGUGGAGAAGAAUGAGAAAGAUGCUCAUGCGGUAUUGGGCAUGCAGAGGUCCAAGUCCAAGCAUGAGCUCAAGCUUAUGGAGAAGAUCCCUGAGAAUGCAGAAGCCACUGUGGUUCUCGUGGGCAGCGUGGCCUUCUUAGAGCAACCCUCCAUGGUGUUCGUGCGCCUACAGGAGGCGGUCCUGCUGGAGUCGGUGUUGGAGGUGCCUGUCCCCGUGCGUUUCCUCUUCCUGCUGCUCGGCCCCCCCACCGCCAAUAUUGACUACCACCAGAUUGGGCGAUCCAUCUCUACGUUGAUGUCUGACAAGAACUUUCAUGCGGCUGCGUAUUCAGCGGAUGAGCAUAAGGAUCUGCUGAAUGCUAUCAACUGUUUCCUGGACUGCAGUAUCGUGCUGCCCCCAUCUGAGGUGGGUGGAGAGGAGCUACUGCGCUCGGUGGCUCGCUUCCAAAGAGAGAUGCUCCGCAAGAGGGAAGAACAGGAUGGAAAUAUACAGGCCAAAGAACCCAAGACCCAUAAAGACAAAGCUCUACAAUUGCCUUUCAAGCCUGUGGAUGAUCCCCUCCGAAGGUCAGGGCGAUUGUUUGGUGGACUGAUCUGUGACGCUGCACAGCGCUACCCCAAAUAUGUCAGCGACUUCAAAGAUGCGCUGAACCCUCAGUGCAUGGCUGCGAUCAUCUUUAUCUACUUUGCUGCCCUGUCACCUGCAAUCACCUUCGGUGGACUGCUGGGUGAGAAAACCGAGGGCCUCAUUGGUGUGUCUGAACUGAUCAUUGCCACUGCCAUGCAGGGGGUGGUCUUCAAUCUACUGGGGGCUCAGCCUCUUCUGGUCGUGGGUUUUUCUGGUCCCCUGCUGGUCUUCGAAGAGGCCUUCUACUCUUUCUGCAAGGCCAACUAUAUGGAGUACCUGACUGGCCGUGUGUGGAUCGGGUUCUGGCUGGUCCUCAUUGUGGUUAUCACUGUGGCCUUUGAGGGCAGCUUCCUGGUGCGCUUUGUUUCACGCUUCACCCAGGAGAUCUUCUCCUUCCUCAUCUCCCUCAUCUUCAUCUACGAGACUUUCUCUAAACUGGCCAAGAUUUUUCAAGAGCAUCCUCUCCGGAGCUGCUGUUCAGGUAUUAACUCGACAACGUUGCCGACCUGCAACACCACUGUGGAUGGUGUACCUGGGCAUUUUGCAGGAGAACCCAACACUGCCCUCUUGUCUCUGGUCCUCAUGUCUGGAACGUUCUUCAUCGCUUUCUAUCUACGCAAGUUCAAGAACAGUUCUUUCUUCCCUGGUGGGCUCCGCAGAAUGAUUGGUGAUUUUGGGGUACCAAUUGCAAUUCUCAUCAUGGUGUUGGUGGACUUCAGCAUUAAAGACACAUUCACUCAGAAGCUGAGUGUGCCUCGAGGUCUCUCAGUGACCAGCCCACAGAAGCGAGGUUGGCUGAUCCCUCCUCUGGGUUCAGACGGACAGUUCCCCGUGUGGAUGAUGGCCGCCAGCAUCUUGCCAGCCCUGCUUGUUUUCAUCCUCAUCUUCAUGGAGACACAGAUCACCACAUUGAUAGUGUGUAAGAAGGAGCGCAUGUUGGUAAAGGGCUCUGGGUUUCAUCUGGACCUCCUCAUCAUUGUGGCCAUGGGCGGGGUCUCAGCCCUCUUUGGACUGCCCUGGUUGGCUGCCACCACAGUGCGCUCGGUUACCCACGCCAAUGCCCUUACUGUCAUGAGCAAGGCUGUCGCCCCUGGUGACAAGCCUCGUAUCCAGGAAGUGAAGGAGCAGAGGGUGACUGGGCUUUUCGUGGCUUUGUUUGUUGGUCUGUCCAUAGUGAUCGGAGAUCUGCUGCGACAGAUCCCUCUUGCUGUGCUCUUCGGGAUCUUCCUCUACAUGGGUGUGAUGUCACUUAAUGGUAUCCAAUUUACAGAGCGCCUGUUGUUGCUGCUAAUGCCACCAAAGUACCACCCCGACCACACGUAUGUGCGCAAGGUAAAGACCCUGCGUAUGCACUUGUUCACAACUAUCCAGCUGAUAUCUUUGGCUGUGCUCUGGGCAGUCAUGUCCACCGUGGCUUCCCUUGCCUUCCCUUUUGUCCUGAUCCUCACAAUCCCAGUCAGGAUGUACCUCCUGCCUUGGAUCUUCACCAAGCGUGAGAUGCAGUGUUUGGACUCAGAUGAUGGAGAACCAACAUUUGAUGAGAAGGAGGGUCAGGAUGAAUACACUGAGAUGCACAUGCCCAUAUGAGCCAGCACUCUUUAUGGAUCCAGGCAGCCACGCCAACAUGACCAACAUUCUGCCAAAUUCUUCAAUAGUAUUCUGUGAUGGUUUUAUAGAUUUUAUUUGUGGUUUUAAAAGAUACAAUAGGUGAGAUCUUUUCAGUUAAAGGAUUACGUUUCGUCCCCUAAAAACAUGUUGUGUAAGCUAAUGAGGCCCACUGAGGGUUGUUUAGCAACACAGCUAGCUCAGUGCCAGUGGAAUGUAAAUGUCUAAUUAUUGGAGUUGCCCAUUAGUAGCCAGACAAUUAUGUUCCAGAAAUCUGGUUCCAGCCAAUCUCCUUCAGCGAGGCAGACUUUCCUCCUUGCCUUAUUGUGUGAAACCACUGUCAAUCAAACUCAAGCUGGAGGAAAGCACAGAAGCUCAAUUGGGGGCGCUGUUUCUCAUAUUUGAAUUUAUUUUAUAACAUUAUCUAGUGCAGCUUUAAUUUUCAGUACCAAAAUCAUGUUUUUUUAUAUUUUGCAUUUUGGAGAGUGUAUUGUGUUGUUUGUAUUUUGGGGGGCUAAUGCUGCCUUAGUCCAUUUUGUAUGCAUUGUAUCUUUGGGGUAUUUUAGAUAGGAGUGCGACACACUGAUAUUGUACUAUAAUAUGCAAGUUUUAGUUCAAAUAUUCCUAAUUUACCAAGCACUUAAUUAAACUUUUGGUAGAAAAUUAUUAAAUACAUGUAUUCAAUUUGCCAUCAUCACAUGAUCACGUAUGGUACAUGUACAAUUUUGCACAAUAUCCAUCAUGCCCACUCCAAUAUGCACAAUUCCAUCUGGUAAUCAAGUAACACUCAUCAUGUAAAAGACCGUACACUACUUUAAAACUAGAUGUAAUAAUAAUACAAAUAAUAUUUUGAAUUAAGAAAUGUUCUCAGUGGGACAAAAUCAAAGCCCUCUUGAUCAGCACCAUUUACCUGACCGCUCAGUGGUUAGAGCACUGGAAAGCAGAACAAGAGGUCGUAGUUUCAACUAUUCCAUUUACUGUAAAUAUCUUUGGACUCUGUUAAAUGACAUGAAUACAAACAGUUUCAUUCAAAUUAAUAAAGGGUACAGUUACUGGUACCUGGGUCACAUUUCUUCACAAUGAUUACCUUCAGAGAUAACAUAAAUAAUUAUGUAAACAGGGUUUGAAAAGCAUAAUGCAAUUAAAAAUAAACGUUUUUUUUUACAUUUAGAGUUAAGAAUCGCUCUUCAGUGCAUGCAAUAAAUAAUUUAAUUGAAAAUAUACAUAUUUUUAUAUUGCCUAUUUUUAAAUAUAAAAUAGGCAGACAUAUUUAUGUUCAAACUACAUUAAGAAUGUUUGGGCAUUUCCUUGUAAUCCUAAACGUUCAGUUGACUUUGCUAUAUGGUUCUGACCAUGUCACCUAUGGUAAAAAUGACUUUGCCAAACCAUGUACCAAUCAUUAUUAGUCAGAUACAAUUAAAAGCAAGGUGAAGACGAUGAAGAUCAAAAUUCACAUUGUUGGUUCUCUGUUCUUUCGAAUAUUCCACACUUAUUUACAAAGGUAGCUUUGACAAAGCCUACAAGGACAUUCUGUUUAUUUUCACACCACAGUUGAUUUAGAGGAGGUACCUUAGGCAGGGGGUUGGAAAUCUGUAUUCCUUCUCAGAAUGGUCCUUUUCUAUUGGCUCGUACACCGUUGGAACACUAGCAGGGCCAAAUAUCCUUACUACAUGGUCGUGGACGACAAACACGGGGUCAAUAAGCAGGUCCAAUUGCGAAGUAGUUCGAUCGAAGCAUGUCGUUUUUCUUAGUUCUUAACAGUUCUGAACCUAUUCUGUCUUCAAGCUUCAGGCUACUAUCCCUAUCUCGCAGGGGAUCAUCAGCUCAGAAUGUUGCAGCCUAGUCGAUUUUUGUUUAAUAGUCUAUAGCGUGUUAACACUGGAUACUAAUUGAACGAUUAAUGUGACUCGCUACAGGUUGUCUUGAAAUACCCACUCUGUGCAACAAAUAACGACGCCAUACGUUUACAUUAUAAAUUGAAAACUAAUAUCACACUUUUUCAUGUAAUUUUGUAGCUGAUUGUCGUGCGUAGCAGCCUCCACCUUUUGUCUCCUUUUUUCUCGCAUCUUUUCCUUUGGAGUUCCUCCCCCUGCGGCGCUGGGCGGAGUUUCCUACCGAACUAGACGCUCCUUUUGUCGGAUCCGUUUCGACUUGACUCCCCGGGGUUGACGGCUUAAAAAAUAUACUUUAACCAACCAAAAAUUAUUACCGCAAAUACUUAUCAGUGUCAUACCAACGCUGGUGUCAAACUGUCACAGAAGCCAGCUAGAGAGCCGGAUAGUUGACCUGCACGGAGACGCUGCACCAUGAACGGCAGCAGCAUUGCCGUGUCCUCGGCCUCCCAGGCUAGCCGGAUAAAGACGGAGCCAGAUGAGUGGAGUAAGGAAGAGUGUCUUACUCUAUUGGAGAGGAUCCGUAGCUUGCUGCCUGAUUUGGAUGGCAUGAAGUACAAGACCACAGAGUCUCACUUUGACUGGGAGAAGGUCUGCUUUGGUGGUUUCACUAGUGACAUGUGCAAACUAAAGUGGCAAAAGGUGUCAACAGAGGUAAACUAGAGGAAAUCAUGUAUAUGUCACUACUGAUGUUAAAGGGAGAAAAAAAGAGGAAGGGGAGAAAAGGCCAAAAGGUUUUUUUUAUGGUAGGAAUAUGUUUUUUUGUGUUCAGGUGCGCAAAUAUCGGACCAUGACCGAGCUCAUUGUUGAUGCAAUUGAGUAUGUAAAGAACCCUUACAAAGGGAAGAAAUUGAAGACGCACCCUGACUUCCCAAAGAAGCCCCUCACGCCAUAUUUCCGUUUCUUCAUGGAGAAACGAGCCAAGUAUGCAAAGAUUCACCCAGAGAUGAGCAACUUGGACCUGACCAAAAUUCUUUCAAAGAAAUACAAGGAGCUCCCAGAAAAGAAAAAG